AUGGAGGAAUCCACAGAUGAUAGCGACAGCGACCUCCCAGAGCUCUAUGAUGCCAGCGAGAGUGAUAGCCAGAGAAGUCCUUCACCUUCAAAGGAGAUCCAGGAGGCAGCUUCGGCUUGUUCGAAAGCUCCUGAUGCAAAGGAGGUGGAGGAGGCAUUGCGUGCCUACGCAGAGAAGUUUGGAGAGUCUCGCGAUGGCGAGGUUCAAGGAUACAACCGCAGAGCAUUUCCAUGGUAUUCCGGCGAAGCCACAAACGACAAGAAGGAGUUUGAUAUGCAGGACUUGCAGGCCGUACUGAGAAAGGGACCGAAGAAAGAAAAAAGACAGGCAAAGCUUUGGGACGUGGACUCCGAAGGUGAGCAGAUUACUUUGUGCGCCCACUGCUUGCUUCCAGUGGGCGAGGUCUCCUACACUGGGCAGGGCAAAGCUACCUCCCUCCACGGGGAGUGUGCGGGACAGAUCAUGCUGCAGGGCAUGAAGGACAAGGAUGCCAAGCGCGUUGAGGAAGAAACAGAGAAAAAGCAGAAGAGCCGCACUGAGCACGGCAUUGGCAAGUUUACGGUGCCAAGGAAUUUGAACACAGCUGCUAAGUUGAAUUGCAGCCCUGUGCCACAAGGUCUUUGUUGCUUGGUUUGGGAUGAAGCAGCACGUUCAGUGAAGAUUCGUGCCACCUCCGAGCCAGCAGCAUCAGUGAACCUCGAAUACCUGAUGCUGGCUCUGAAGGUCCGUUAUCAUGCCUGUCGCGAGCCACUCUUCUCUUUGGACCCAGUAAACCCUGAGAACCUUGAGAAGACAGUCCUGGAGAAGCGAUUUUCGCCUUCUUGGCUUGCUGGCACAAGCGUUGGAGAGCUCAUGUUCCAAGCUGAUUACUACCUGAAGGAGCUGGCCAUGGGAGAGCACACUAUGCCAGUUCUGGGCAUGAUGAGCGUCUUUGAUUGGUCUGAAGCCGACAAUGUCAAGGGUGGUUGGACGGGGCGUGAGUGGUUCGUCGUCAACAAGGCAGAAGUGAAGCUGGCAGGAGACAACACUUUGAUCCCAAGCGUGAAGAUGGGCGUCGAGGCAAGAACCCAAGUCUGUCGCGAUGGUGGCCUCGAAGAUUCCGCUAUCACCAGCAAGAAUCAUCCUCUCAGGAAGUUUGCUGAAAGCUUCAGCAAGAAUUUCGAUCUCAUUGCGGAACGCAAAGAUGUGAUCUUUCAGCUCCGAGAACUUGCGAAGGCUUCCGCGAUGGCAAAGUUCCUCGUUGACUCCAGUACAAGCGUUCCUCAGGAGUGGUGGCACCUUGCAGAUGAAUUGGUGGAAUCAGCGAAGACAGUGAACAAGCAGAUCCCACAGCUUUGGAAUAUGCGGGGUCAAAGCCGCAUCCAGGUGAGAGAUGGCAAAAUGGUGAAUUCUCAAACGGGGCAAUGUUAUCUCACAAGUGUCUAUGGCGGCAUCGAGUUUGGCCUGGACCGCUUCGAACUUGCUCAGCGCCACACGCUCAGGCCUGUGGGUGCUGGAGGCUCCACCAUGGUUGGCGGACUGCAGGGCAUGCAGCUGGGCCCCACAGCACGGCCUGGCUUUGCGCCCUCCCGUUUCCAGCUGACGCAACGGCCAGCCGCCCCAGCGCCAGCAGAGCAGCCACAGGGCGUCGACUUGAAUCUCGACCAGUUCGACCUCUCAGCCCCAGAGCGGUUUGCAGCGAACACGCCAAGCUGCAGCGCUUCAUUGGAUUCCUUGGAGGCGCGCGUGCCAUUGGGCCUGGCCUUUUUGCAAGGCCUGCAAGGGACGGCAUUCAAAGCAGAGGACAGGCAGCUCUUCACGAGUCUCUACAAGGAGCAGCUUUCAGACAGGUUGGCAGAGGCUGACGCCUUUGUACCCCCAGAUCCUGACAUGAAGUACGUGACCAAGUUGAGGGCCUUGGUUAGCGAGGAGGACAUGUUGCGCCAGAAGCGCAAGGCUAUAUUCUGUGACGCUGCAUUCAUCCCAGAGGAUCCUGGAAGCGCAUUUCCAAGAUACUGGACAUCAAAUUUCCAGCUGGAGCAGGGCCUUUCCGCUGGACUGGUCAAGAAAGCCUUGAAGUCUGGCUUGGUGCAGCUGGCAAUGACUGCUGACUUCCAGAGACUGAUCGCCAAGGAAGUACUGCCGGAUGCUGCCCCUGUCUUCGACAAGAGCACGGAAGAUGGCACGGCUUAUCGUAUCUACCGCUUUGGAACCAUUGAAGUCCGUACGAUGCAGGAGCCUUCAAGCACCGAGAAUAUCAUCGCCAUGUUUUCCAUGCGCCCCACUACAUGGACUGCCAAGAGGGGUUGCAAGGAGGCUGCAGAUGCCGAGAAAGUGGUGCAAGUGAAAAUGUAUGUUGAGGCAGUUGACACCAUCAGCAGCCUCACCCGGUCAAUCCAGGGCUGCGCAGCUGAGCCGCAGGAGGAGCUGGACGCUCCCUGGCGCAGCCAAAAGAUGGACUACUGCCAGUACUUCCUGGUACUUGAGACUGACUCGGGCACCACGUUACUAACGGAGAAGCUCAGUGACGGCACAGUGCAGACGCUUCUGGAACCAGAAAAUAUGGAGGAGCGAGUAUCUCUUGCCAGGCUACUCUAUACACAUCAAAGCAAGGACAAGGCUGUCAGCAUGCGGGAGGUCAAACUCUUCCAGGGAGCAAGUGCCCGGUGCACUACUGGUGGUGCCAAAUCAUCAGACAAGAAGCUCUACGUGAGGAAUCUCUUCAAGCUGACUUCUGGGAAGGCUUUUCUGGUGCGCAAGUCCAAAGGAGCAGGUGGGGAUUUGGGAGACUGCCAACACCCACUGUGCAUUUGCCUGCGAGCCAGAAGAAGGAUGUACUGCGACUACUGCCCUGCUUCGCCUGGUUGGGCCAGUAUAUAG